AUGCCGCAGUACACGUCGAGAGACAUGGGCGACCCGUCGCAGAUCAGGAGGAAUAAGCAGAGCAUGGCCGAUCUGAAGCUGCGCCGGUUGACCGAGCUCAACAGUCGAUUGAAGGAGGACCUGGAGCGGGAACGGAUCCCCGUAAGCCAAGCAUCCAAGAGCAUAAUUGCAUACUGCAACAGCACCCGGGACUACAUGGUCCCAUCAGUUUGGUGCGUCGUCCCCAAGGGCGAGGAUCCGUAUGCGCCACAACAGAAUGGCGGGUGCUGUCUGGUGAUGUAG